AAAAACUUUCGGCCGAUGGAUCUCCUCUCCGCCGCCUACGGCGCCACCUCCGACGACGACGCCGACGCCGCCCCGGCUCCCAGCUGGCCCGCCUCAGUCGCCCCGCCUCCCCCGAAGCGGCCGCGGUGGGAAUCUCCCCCGUACCCUGGAUACCCACCACCUCCUCCCCUCCCCACCCCGCGACCGGCCCCACCCCAAGCGGCGCCGCCGCUGGCUGGCAGAAGGUACGUCUCCAAGAGGGAGCGCGCCCUCCUGGCGGCAUCCCAGCCUUCCGUGGGCUCCGCGGCACCGCUUCCUCCGCUGGUGGCGCCGGAGUCCGACUCCCCAGUUGUUGGAUCUUUUGCUGAUUCAAAUGUUCGAGCUGAUAUUUUGCAUUCUUUACGGUGCCAACCAAAGCCUGGAUCAAACAACAGUUCACCUGUGAAGCUCUCAGUGUCUUUGAUGGGUCACACUAAAGCAGUCAAUUGUGUGGAUUGGUCACGGAGUCAUGGACAUCUUCUUGCUUCUGCUGGAAUGGAUCAUACAGUCCGCAUAUGGAACGUGUGGAACAGAGGGAAUACCACUGCUCGAGUUUUAAAACAUCAUACUGCUGCUGUAAAGGAUGUGAAGUGGUCCCAUCAUCGGCCCAUCUUACUUUCCGGGGGGCUUGAUUGUUCCUCACGACUAGUUGACCCUGAGGUGGGAAAAGAAAUCACGGUAUUCAAGGAGGAUCAACCAGUGGAGGUCAUCAAGUUCAGUCCAAGCAACUCAAAUCUCUUCCUGUCUGGUGGGUCCAAGGGUUCUCUUAGGCUCUGGGAUAUUCGAACUGGCUUGACAACUAAAGAGUUCAACAGAAGUCUUGGCACCAUCCUCGACCUUGACUUCAGUGCUGAUGGGAAGCAGUUUAUCUCUUCAACUGACACAACCAGAAGUAAUGUCAGUGAGAACACUAUAAUUGUAUGGGAUAUAUUACGAGAAGUUCCUCUAUCUAACCAGGUUUAUACAGAAGCAUUCACCUGUCCCUGUGUGAGAUACCACCCAUACGAAGCUUCUUUUGUCGCGCAAUCCAACGGCAACUACAUCGCUAUUUUCUCAGCAAGGCCGCCAUUCAAGCUAAACAGGUACAGGCGGUUCGAAGGACAUGGAGUGUGGGGCUUUCCGAUAAAGUGCAGUUUCUCUUUGAGCGGGAGGGAACUUGCAUCUGGUUCGUCAGAUGGCUGCAUCUAUUUCUAUGACUAUAAGUCCUCGAGGUUUCUGAGGAAGAUCGAAGCCUUCAAAGAAGCGUGCACUUAUGUUGCAUACCACCCUGUACUACAUAAUGUGAUUGCUUCAUGUGGGUGGACUGGUGAAAUAUCUGUUCUCGAAUGAAGAACACUGAUCGUUGCAGUUUUCUCUGGGAUUUCUAACUGCAGUUUCAGUUUGACCUAUCGCUACAAGCUUAGCCUGUCUUGUGUUCGGGUAAUCGUGGACGUCAUUAGUUGCAGUGGGUUGGUUAGAUGGGAACACAUUUGGUCAUCAUCCGAUCACAACAACGCACUUGGGAAUUGACUACUGAAUGUGUACCAGGUGAAAUCUUGAAAACUUCUGAAGCUGCAGGUGGUGUGGCUUACAUUUUAUGGAUGGAGUAGGAUGAUUUGAAUCAAAGGAGAUGCAGCGGUGGCGAGGCCAUUGCUGGCAAGGUGCCCCUGUCCCCAUAUUCUGCUCCUUAAUGCUGGGAUUUUCGAGCUCGCCAUGCCAAUUAUCCCCUCUUCAGGUAGGAUCUUUCUGGAUUUAUUCUCUUGCAUCUCUGCGGCGCGUCGUCAUGGGACCCAUCCAUCGACGACCACGCGAUGACCCUGCCGUCGUCCAGCACCCGUAGGGGCUUCUCGAAGCUAACUCCCUCGAGGCCCGCCAUGGUGAUCUUGUAGAGCGCGAACCAUUUAUGAUUCUCCAUGUCAACGUUCAUCCUUUUUUUUUGAGGGAAGUCAACGUUCAUCCAGAACCAUAGCUUUACAACGGUGGCGCCUCUGUUGCGGUGGGCCGCGACCAGGAAGCUGUUGACCUCCUCCAGGCUCCUGUCGGCGUGGUCGACGAGAGGGUCCAUAUGGAUUGAUCGGCCCCGGCUUACUUGUGGCUCGUACGUGGAUACAAGACUCGAGAAGCUUUUCGAGGCGCACGAUUUUUGGCCAUGUGAACUCCCUGCGUUCAGCAACUCGAGCGUCUUGUAUCUACGAGGAUCUGAACUCCCAACACGCAGCAGGCAUCCCGUGUAGGGGCCGACGGCGUAGUAGUUCGCCGUCACCGCCCCCUGUGUUAGCGUGUUCGUUCUUGGAUCAUAUAUCUGGGGCACGACGUCACGGGUUCCCCGCAGCGACGACCAGACGACGAUCUUCCCCUCGUCCAGCACCUGCAGUGUCUCGAAGCUAUACUUGUGCCCAACCGCCAUGGGGA